CUCCGCCUAAAGCCCGAAAAGGAAACAGAGGUCUUUUCCUCUCUUUUAACUACAACCAAAAGAGAAAAGAAUGGGUGAUCGUAUGAGGAGCUGUAAACGAAGUGCCGAAACAGCAGAGAUGGAAGCCUCGAGCACAAGCUUCUCAUUAUCAAAGAGAAGAAAAACCGUUGAUUCUCGAGAAUUGCAGGAAUUCGAGUUAACUUCACCGGAUAUUGAGCUCGAAAACCCUCACUUCCUUUCAAAUUCGCAGGACAAGCCUAUUACCGUUGCCACCUCCUCGAAUUCCGGUGGAGUACUCGCUGGCGACAUGUGUUCAAGCCUCUGCUCCGGCGAGUCAUCGGCUUCUCGUUGUUCUAGCAAUGAGUCUUGUGAUAUCGUCAACGAUAGCUUUAGAUUCGUAGAUCUAGAGGCCAAGAGUUUCGAAACUGAAAUCUCAACGUGCAUCAAUAUCAACAAGUUCAGUAGAGAAACAACUCCAUUAAGCGAGCUCUGCGGAGACUCAGACGAAAUGGAAUCGCCUGAGAAAAAACCGCCACCGUCACCGUCGAAGCCGCCGAAGAAGCCGUCCCAAGAGGAGAUCGACGAGUUCUUUUCCUUCGCUGAAAAGUACGAGCAAAAACGAUUUGCAGAGAAGUACAAUUAUGAUAUUGUCAAGGAUGUUCCUCUCGACGGUCGAUACCAAUGGGUUCGGUUAAUGCCUUGAAGACAGAGAGACAAAGAAAGAAAAUGAAAGAGAGAGAGAGGGGGUAGAAUAACACGAGGUAGCACGGAGAUUGCAUUUGACAAAGAAGGAAGGGGUGGCCGGUAGUUUGUUAUUUGUACAGUUCUUUUGCCAUUAUCUAAUGUAAGAAAAAGCAAGCAGGCUCAACCGCUUUUUUUUUU